AUGUGGGCGGCUGGGGUCAUGAGGGCUGUGUUGUUGUGUUAUGGAAUGUGGCAAGAUGCGCAUUCUCCGUUGAAGUAUACGGAUAUCGACUACCAGGUCUUCACGGAUGCUGCUAAAUAUGUCUGGAGGGGUGGGAGUCCGUAUGAGAGGGAUACGUAUCGGUAUACGCCGCUGUUGGCGUGGAUGGUCGUGCCGACUGCGUGGGGUGGUGCGUGGACUGCAUGGGGGAAGGUGUUGUUCGCCGUGGGUGAUUUGGUUGCCGGAUACUGUACCAUCAGAAUCCUGCAACUCCGGGGAAUGCGGACGGCGAGGGCACUCAAUUUUUCUGCAUUGUGGCUGUUGAACCCCCUCGUUGCUGUUAUUUCGACCAGAGGUAAUGCGGAGGGAUUGUUGGGUGCCAUGGUCGUGGGGAGUUUGUUGGCGGUGGUAAAGAAGAGGACGCAUACGGCUGGUGUACUCAUGGGGCUUGCUGUGCAUUUUAAGAUUUAUCCGAUUGUGUAUGUGCCGGCUGUGUUGGUUGCUAUGGAUGAGAGUUAUGAGGGGAGUGUUGAGGCCCCUGCUGGAGAAGGGGUGAAGACGGAGGUUGAUGGGGAGGAGGAGGUAUCGAAAGAGGAGAAGGCUUGGGUGGAGAAGGGGUUGGCGUGGGUUAAUCCGUCGAGGUUUAACUUUGCGUUUGCGAGUGCGGUUACGUUUGUUGGAUUGACGUGCGGGAUGUACUACCUUUAUGACGCCGAAUUUCUCGAACACACGUAUUUCCAUCACCUCAAGCGCUCCGACCACCGACACAAUUUCUCGCCGUACCAACUGUUACUAUAUUUGUCUGCUUCACCGGCGAUCAAGGCUUCGCAGUGGAUUCCGUUCCAUAGUUUUGCGUUCGUGCCACAGUUGUUGUUGAGUUGUGUCGUUCUACCCUUUGCAUUUGCUGGGAGGGAUUUACCUGGGACCAUGUUCGCACAGACUUUUGCGUUUGUUGCGUUCAACAAGGUUUGUACGUCACAGUACUUUAUGUGGUACCUCGUCCUGUUACCGCUGUACCUCCCCAACUCGCCGCUCCUCACGAAACCGUACAAGGGUCUGGCUGCUCUUGCGUUGUGGGUGGGUGCACAGGCGGUAUGGCUGCACCGGGCGUAUGCUCUUGAAUUCUUGGGCGAGAACACCUUUUUUCCGGGGUUGUGGGUUGCGGGGAUGUUGUUCUUUGGGGUCAAUGUGUGGAUUUUGGGAGUUGUUGUGGGGAAGCUUGGAGGGCCGGGGAUGUGGGAUAAGAGAGGGGUUGUGAGGAAGAUUUAUUGGGGGUGA